UUUUAUUCCUCUUCCGUUCUUCGAGCCCUUUGUCGUGAAGAAAGACCCCUGCUUCUCUUAAGGGAUACCAAUCCGAAAGGAAUAUGGAUACUUUCUCCAACAUAAAGAACAUCCUGGUAAAAUUCUAUGAUGAAUACAACCAGACGACACCAAAGAAGCUCAAGAUAGUCGAUGCGUAUCUGUUCUACAUCAUGCUAACAGGGAUCAUUCAUUUCGUGUACUGUUGCUUUGUGGGAACUUUUCCAUUCAACUCAUUCCUGUCCGGAUUUAUUUCUUGCGUGGGAUCUUUUGUUUUAGGAGUUUGUCUACGAGUUCAGAGCAACCCAGCCAACUAUUCUGACUUCAAAGGGAUUUCCCCAGAGAGAGCAUUUGCUGAUUUUAUCUUUGCCAGUAUCAUUCUCCAUCUUGUGGUCAUGAAUUUCAUUGGUUGAGGAAGUUUUUGCAGCAAUUUUAAACAUUCUUCAUUACUGAACAGAAAAAUUAAAACCAGGAACAAGAUAGAGCUAUUGUCAACAGUUCAACUAGUAUCCAACUGUCAAUAUCUCAACAUUUUAAGACCACACUUGUAUUAAAUACACAAUUUUCAAUGA